AUGGCUCCAUAUCGAGAUAGCAUUAUUAUGGCUACCACGCUUCUUACUGGAGCAGCAGCCAUCAACAAUGGUCUGGCUGUAACACCUCCGAUGGGAUGGAAUAAUUGGAACGCCUUCGGCUGUGACGUUUCUGAAGACCUACUGUAUACUACUUCAGAUCAGAUCUUGAGUCUGGGUCUUCGAGAUCUAGGGUACGACCAUGUUGUGCUCGACGAUUGCUGGCAAGAUGUCAAUGGUCGCGACAAGAAUGGCAAACUUCAGCCCGAGCUCAGCAAAUUUCCCAAUGGCUUGAAGUCGAUAUCAGAUCACCUGCACAGCCAAGGACUCAAGUAUGGCAUGUAUAGCAGUGCCGGCGAGAUGACAUGCGCGCGUUUUGCUGGAUCUCUUGAUCAUGAGGUCGACGAUGCGAAUAGCUUCGCCGAGUGGGGUGUUGAUAUGCUGAAGUACGAUAGCUGCUAUCACAUGGGCAGAAUUGGAACACCCCAAAUCUCGUUCAAUAGAUUCAAGGUCAUGUCAGAUGCUCUUCGGGCUACUGGUCGAAACAUUCUGCUCAAUCUGUGUAAUUGGGGAGAAGAUCAAGUACAUACCUGGGGAAUGUCCAUUUCCAACUCCUGGCGCAUCACUGGCGAUAUCUACGACAGCUUUACGCGACCAGACGACCUCUGUGGGUGCAACACAAUGGCACCAGGUGACCCAUCCUGCAUCGCCCCCGGUACUCACUGCUCUGUCCUCUUCAUUCUGAACAAAGUCGCUCCCUUCGCCGACCGCUCCAUUCCCGGCGGUUGGAGCGAUCUCGACAUGCUCGAAGUCGGGCAAGGCGGCAUGACCGACGAAGAGUACAAAGCGCACUUUGCUCUCUGGGCCGCCCUAAAGUCCCCUCUCUUCCUAGGCAACGACCUCCGCACCAUGUCCGCCUCAGCUCUAACUAUCGUCAAUAACCCCGCCAUCAUCGCGCUCAGCCAGGAUCCGCACGGCAGAUCGGUGACGCGUGUACGACGUGACACGAAUGUUGCUAAGGACCAGUACGGUGAGGGAGAAACGCACGUCUGGGCCGGCUAUCUGCACGACGGCGACCAAGUCGUUAUUCUGCUCAAUGCUGGUGCUGAAGAUCUUGAUAUGGAGAUUUCCCUCGCAGAGAUCUUCACACCUUUCGGUCCCCACGGUUCAGCACCUCACGUCGAAUACGACUGGGCUGUGCACGAUCUGUGGGCGCACCGUAUGUCCGAGCAGACUGCAGAAGAGCUCAUCGCUGCGAAGUCUGAGGCGGAUCGCGCUGCCGUCCUGAAGAAAGCGGACUGGUAUAAUGCGACGGAGACACCGUACGAGCAGGGUCUGCGCGAGGGGGAUCCUCGCUUGUUCGGAGAGAGGAUUGGGGUUGUUAAGGCUGGUGGUAGUUUGAGGGCGCCGGUCAAGAGCCAUGCGGCGAAGGUCUUCCGGUUGAGGAGGAUUGCAAAGAAGGGCGAGAAGUUUAAGGGUAAGAGCAUUGAUCGGGUUGUCAAGGAUGAGUUGUGA